CCCGGACCGAGCCUACUCCCUGGCCGAGCCUCCCCGCACCAACUCGUCUGAAACUUGUGCGCAGCGGUGGCGCAGCCGCCGAGGAUGGGGGGUUGCGGCCGCCGCUCGGGGCCGCCGCCCGCGCUGCUGUUGCUCUUGGCGGUGGCCGGCGCCGGCGCUGCGCCGCGCGCCGGGCUCUACUCGCCCUCCGACCCGCUGACGCUGCUGCAGGCGGACUCCGUGCGCGGCACCGUGCUGGACUCCCCCAGCGCCUGGGCCGUGGAGUUCUUCGCGUCCUGGUGCGGACACUGCAUCGCCUUUGCCCCGACCUGGAAGGGGCUGGCCAACGACGUCAAAGACUGGAGGCCGGCGCUGAAUCUUGCUGCCCUGGACUGUGCUGAUGAGACCAAUAACGCUGUCUGCAGAGACUUCAACAUCCUUGGCUUCCCGACUGUGAGGUUCUUUAACGCCUUUUCCAAGGAUGGCUCGGGAACAACUAUGUCAGUGGCAGGUGCUAAUGUGCAGACGCUGCGGGAGAGGCUCAUUGACGCUCUGGAGUCCCAUACCGACACAUGGCCCCCUGCCUGUCCCCCACUGGACCCUGUCAGGCUGGAGGAGAUUGAUGAAUUCUUUGCAAGAAACAAUGAAGAGUACCUGGCCUUGAUCUUUGAAAAAGAAGGCUCCUACGUGGGUAGAGAGGUGAUUCUGGACCUGUCCCAGUACCAAGGCAUAGCGGUGCGCAGGGUCCUGAACACGGAGAGCGACGUGGUGAGCAAGUUUGGCGUCACCAGCUUCCCGUCUUGCUACCUGCUGUCUCAGAAUGGCUCUGUCACGCGAGUCCCUGUGCUUGUGGAAUCCAGGUCCUUCUACACGGAUUACCUGCAGAGGCUCUCCGGGGUCGCCAGGAAGGCUGUCCCCACCACGCCUGCACCAACCACGGCCAACACGAUUGCUCCUACUGUGUGGAAGGUUGCAGAUCGCUCCAAGAUCUACAUGGCUGACCUGGAAUCUGCACUGCACUACAUCUUACGGGUGGAAGUGGGCAAGUUCUCCAUCCUUGAGGGGCAGCGCUUGGUGGCCCUGAAAAAAUUUAUGGCAGUGCUGGCCCAGUACUUCCCUGGCAGGCCGUUGGUCCAGAACUUCCUGCGCUCCAUGAAUAACUGGCUCAGCAAGCAGCAGAGAAAGAAAAUUCCCUACGGUUUCUUCAAAACUGCCCUGGACAGCAGGAAGGAGGGUGCUGUGAUCACCAAGAAGGUGAACUGGGUCGGCUGCCAGGGGAGUGAGCCACACUUACGGGGCUUCCCCUGCUCCCUGUGGAUCCUCUUCCACUUCCUGACUGUGCAGGCAGCUCAGCAAAAUGUGGACCGUGCCCAAGAAACAGCCAAGGCCCAGGAGGUCCUCCAGGCCAUUCGGGGCUAUGUGCGUUUCUUCUUCGGCUGCCGAGACUGCGCUAACCACUUCGAGCAGAUGGCUGCUGCCUCCAUGCACCGCGUGGCGAGUCCCAACAGCGCUGUCCUCUGGUUGUGGUCCAGCCACAACAAGGUCAAUGCUCGCCUCGCAGGUGCCCCCAGCGAGGACCCCCAGUUCCCCAAGGUGCAGUGGCCGCCCCGGGAACUCUGUUCCACCUGCCACAGUGAGCUCCAGGGUUCGCCGGUGUGGGACCUGAGCAACACCCUCAACUUCCUCAAGACCCACUUCUCCCCAAGCAAUGUGGUCCUAGACCUUCCUUCAGCCGGGCGAGGUCCCUGGAGGAAUGCGCAGAGGAUGGCGGCCGCCCCGGCCCUGAUGGAGCUGGAGUUGAUGCCUGGGAACUUCACUCUGGGCCCUGGGAAGGCUGAGAUGAUGGAGAACUCGGGGACACAGUCCCCUGGAGCCACUGUCCUGGAUGUCCCAGCAGAGAGACUUGGGGCGGCGGGUGCUCAGGAGCUGCCUGCGGGCCUGGGUGUGGCCAGAGCGGAUCCUGACCAGGGAGCUCCUGAGCACACAGCAGAGCUUCAGAGGGGGAAGUGGGAGCAGCCCAAAGGGCAGCAGCACCUGGUCAAGCGAGACACAGGAGCCAUUUUGCUGCCUGAGUUCCUGGCUGAGAAGACCCUCCCCAGAGGCCCUUGGGAGCAGAGGCGAGUGGGCCGCAGCUCCAAGCAGCUGGCUGGUGCCCCUGAGUGGGGGCUGGAGGCUGGACCCAUGCGGGGCCAAGGCCAGUGGCUGCAGGUGCUGGAAGGAGACUUCUCCCACCUGGACAUCGGCCUCUGUGUGGGGCUGUACUCCCUGUCCUUCAUGGGCCUGCUGGCUGUGUACACCUACUUCCGGGCCAGGAUGAGGGCCCUGAAGGGCCAUGCUGGCCACCCCGCAGCCUGAGCCACCCAACUUGGGCGGGCAGCAGGAGAGAGAGCUGCCAUCCACAGGGCUCUUCUGGCUCCCCCCUCCUCUCCCCACUUGCUCCUUUGUCCAGGGAAAUGUGGGAAAACCAGUUGCUCCAGUGAACCUCCUUGGGCCUGCUGGGAAGGAAUGUUCCAUAGACACCAAAGACAUGUGCGGGUCCAGGUUCACCUGAAGCACGGGGACGGGGCAGCCUCGGCCAUGGGUUGGAAGGCUCAGUCCCUAGCCUCUCAGCAGCAAAUUCCUCUUUUUCAGCUCAUUUGAAGUCCUGCCUCAUUCUCACUGAAGCUUCAAUGGCUCCCACUUGGUCUUGGCCCUAAAGUGGGGCCAAGGUUUCCAACCCAGAGGAGGGCCCCUGGGCCAGGGUGGGCUGGAGUGAGUCCCCUCCCCACCUUCCAGGGCUCAGUCCCCCCUGCUCUCUUCUGGAUACAAAGAGGCCUUGGUGCCAGAGAACGGACUGCCUCUGGCCCUCCUUGGCCUGCCCUUCCUCCAGCCCCGAGACCUCCUGCGUCAGGUUUAGCUCUAGAGUGGGGUCCGAAAGCUUCUGGAAGUUGCGCUGGUCUCCCAGGUGAGGGAUGGUCAGGGUUCGUGGGAGGAGACCCUCUGGCUGGCUCCUUCCCCAAAACUCUGCUACAGGAAGAGUGCUGGCCAGAGCUGGGUGGGUGCUGGCCACUGGGCUGGGGGUGAGUGCUGGCUUGGUGGGAUCUGAUCAGGGGUAGCACAGGAUUAGGGAGGGGUGUUGGGAUCUAUAGUGCCUUGGCUGUGGGCUUAGCUGUGUGAGGUGGAGUGAAGCCACGGGAAAAGGAUGGUUGCUUCGAAUACGCUUUGGCUUCUCCCCUUUGGGCUCUGCCUCUCUUGGAGCUGGUUCUUUGCCUUUUGAUUUUGGUCUCCAAAAUAUAUGCUAAUCUUUGAAUGUGGAGGGUGCUGGCACGAGGGGAGUGUGAUCUCUCUCGAGGGCCCACCUUCAUCAGGGAGAGGGUGAAAGGGUCAGAGAUGCUGUCCACAUGCUUGAUUCCCACUCCUACCAUGGCUUGGGAAGGGUAUGGAAUAAAUUAUUUUUGUUAAGGCAA